AAAGGACUCUGAACGACAAACUGCGCUUCACCUUGCCGUGAAAAAUGGCACAGGCUCUGGAUCGAUGGAAGCAAAAGAGUCCAUCAUCAGACAUUUGCUGCUUGCUGGAGCGGAUCCGAAUGCUCUGACUCCUCGACGGCAAACUCCGUUGCAUUUGGCGGCAGCAAAUGGCGGUGCAGAAUUGACAGAAGUGUUGUUGUCGAGCCAAGCUUCACCUGCAGCUGUAGAUGACGAGCAGAACACUCCGCUGCACACUGCCAUGAAAAACAGCAGGUUUUCCGUCGUCAAAGUCUUGAUCUUGGACGACCGAACGGAUGUUCAUGUCAGUAAGCGUUUGAUCGUGUGAUUUCCUAGAACGGAGGGUCGAUGUGUAAUGUUCGAAACGAACGCGCUUUUGGAAAAUUGGAGCCGAAUUUCAUGAUACUGUAUUGUAUUUCAGAAUUAAGCUGGGAUUUUUUCCUCAUUUCUUGUCGGAGUCUUCUUGAAUGCAUGAAAUAUGGAUC